UUUAAAAGACUUCGCUUGCGCAGCGCAAUUUCGUUCAUGUUAAACCAACUCCUCCCUACCCUCUUCUCCUGUAUAAAACCCUAGGGGUCUCUCCCCAAAUUUCAAUUAGAUCUUUACCAUUUCAACGCUCUACUUCACAGUUCUGAUUUCUCAAAAUGGGAGGAAAGUUCCCUUCAGAGAAAAGACCCUUUCUACUGGAUGCGUGUUAUCUUAGCCUCAAACCGUGGAACUGUCAUGGAGCUUGGAAUCACUCCCAUUGUCACCUCUGGACUAGUCAUGCAGUUAUUAGCAGGAUCCAAAAUCAUUGAAGUUGACAACAAUGUCCGUGAGGAUCGUGCACUACUAAAUGGUGCACAGAAGUUGUUGGGAAUCUUGAUUGCUGUUGGUGAGGCUGUUGCCUAUGUUCUAUCAGGAAUGUAUGGAAGUGUUGGUCAACUUGGUGUUGGAAAUGCUAUCCUCAUAAUCGUUCAGUUAUGUUUUGCUGGGAUUAUUGUGAUCUGUUUGGAUGAACUUCUACAAAAGGGAUAUGGUUUAGGAUCCGGGAUUUCAUUGUUCAUAGCUACCAAUAUCUGUGAAAGCAUUAUCUGGAAAGCAUUCAGCCCUACAACCAUUAACAGUGGACGUGGUGCUGAAUUUGAAGGAGCAGUGAUUGCAUUGUUUCAUCUUCUAAUCACUAGAUCUGAUAAAGUUCGAGCAUUACGUGAAGCUUUUUAUAGGCAAAAUCUGCCUAAUGUGACUAAUCUGCUUGCUACUGUGUUGAUUUUCUUGAUUGUUAUAUACUUUCAAGGGUUUCGUGUUGUUUUGCCUGUGAGAUCUAAGAAUGCUCGUGGGCAACAAGGGUCUUACCCCAUUAAGCUGUUUUACACUUCCAACAUGCCUAUUAUUCUCCAGUCUGCACUUGUUUCCAACCUUUAUUUCAUCUCUCAGUUGUUGCACAGAAAGUACAGUGGGAACUUUUUGGUUAAUUUGUUGGGAAAAUGGAAGGAGUCUGAAUACUCUGGUCAAUCUGUCCCUGUUGGUGGUCUUGCUUACUAUGUUACUGCACCUUCAAGCUUGGCUGACAUGGCAGCAAAUCCCUUCCAUGCUCUUUUCUAUCUGGUGUUCAUGCUAACAGCCUGUGCUCUCUUCUCAAAGACCUGGAUUGAAGUUUCUGGAUCUUCUGCAAGAGAUGUCGCCAAACAACUCAAGGAGCAACAAAUGGUGAUGCCGGGACAUCGGGACUCGAAUCUUCAGAAGGAGCUGAACCGGUACAUCCCAACAGCAGCCGCGUUUGGGGGAAUGUGUAUUGGGGCUUUGACUGUUUUGGCAGAUUUCAUGGGAGCCAUUGGAUCUGGUACUGGAAUAUUACUAGCUGUCACUAUCAUAUAUCAAUACUUUGAGACUUUCGAGAAGGAGAAGGCCAGUGAACUAGGUUUAUUUGGCUUUUAAUUUUUUCUUUUUAGAGACAACCACUUUUAGCAAACCUAUUUUGGUUUGUAGGGAGGGACUUGCAGUUUGAACCUAUUAACUCUUUUUUUCUUUAGUCUUUGGGUGUUGCAUCUACAAUACAAUGUUUUUUUCUCUUAUACGUGAUCUGAUCGUUUUUUGGUUU